AUGACGACAACGAGCUCGGCCAUGGGCGAGGCGGGCGCUCAAGUCCUGCCCUCUCCCACAAAGGCUGCCGGGCUGGCGACCAUCGUCGUCGACGAGCGUGAGGUGGAGACGCCCAAGCCGCCGAAGAUGGCGCACGACUCCAUGGUGACGGUGAGGCUAUCGGAGCCUCCGACCCUCAAACUUGACACCAAGACGGCUUCCCGCGUCCGCAUCCACGCCGACAGGCUCGCCGCCUCCACCACGGACGCAGAUGAUGCCGGCAAGGACGGGAAUCGGACGAGCCAAGACGCGACGCACCGCCAGUCGGCUGCUGCCGUGCCGUCGGCUCAGGCCAACCGCAGUCUCCAAGACGAGCUCGGCGAGUGCGGCGGCGAUGGCGACGAGACCGACUCCACCGACGACGCCGACGAGGAGGUGAACUGGGAGCAGUUGGAGAAGACAGAGGACGAGCAGGUCAAGGAUGAUGAAACAGACAAUUCAACCGCGCUUCUUCUGGCUCGACUGGAACAAGAGAAUGCAAAGCUGGCUACUAACCCAAAGAGCGUCAAGGUUCAGACGGUCGAGAAGCGGGCGACAGGCAAGCCUCGGCCGCCUUCGAUGGCCCAGCUGCGCCAGAUGGUCCACGGGCCGACCCCGGCCGCCCUGCGAUACUCGAUGCUUCCACCUCCACCCAUGACCGACCUCGAAUUCUUCGCCGCCCUCGUCAAGGACUACCAGCAGACGGCCGCUCGUCUGCCGACGCUCCUGUCCAACAAGAUCCGCAAGGGCAUCCCCCCGCCGCUGCGAGGUGUCGUCUGGCAGAGCAUGUCGGGCGCCCGCGACGCCGCCCUCGAGGAACGGUACGAACGUUUCUGCGGCGAGUCGAGCCCGUACGAGCUCCUCAUCGGCAAGGACCUCGGCCGUAGCUUUCCCGGCGUCGACAUGUUCCGAGACCCCGACGGCGACGGCCAGCGCAUGCUGGGACGUGUGCUCAAGUCCUUCAGCCUCUACGACACCAAGAUCGGCUACUGCCAAGGGCUCGCCUUCCUCGUCGGUCCCCUGCUGAUGCACAUGCCGGACAAGCAGGCAUUCUGCGUCCUCGUUCGGCUCAUGGAGAGAUACGAUUUGCGAGCGUGCUUCCUGCCGGACCUUUCGGGCUUGCAUGUUCGCAUAUACCAGUUCCGCGAACUCCUCCGCCUCAACCUCCCCGCCCUCUCGGCUCACCUCGACGAGCUGCAGGUGGAAACAGCCUACGUCUCGCAGUGGUUCCUCAGCUUCUUUGCCGUCACGUGCCCGCUGCCGAUGCUCUUCCGCAUCUACGACGUCAUCUUCGCCGAAGGCGCCUCGGAGACGUUGAUGAGAGUUGCCCUCUCCCUCAUGAGGAAGAACGAGUCGCGGCUGCUGGCCUGCACCGAGCUGGAGGACGUGAUGCAGCUGCUUCUCUCCCGCGGCCUCUGGGACUGUUACCACUACAACGCCGACGAGUUUGUCCACGACUUCGUCGGCCUCUCUGCCGUCGUGACGAGGGAAAGGCUGGCGCAGCUGGAGCAGGGCUACCGGGAAUCGCUCGUCGCCACGACCAACGGCGCUCGCGCAUCCGACAUCACCACGGCCGCCGCCCGCUUUCUCGGUCGAAUCUGGGCCUCGUCGGCGGGUGUCAAGAAUGGCACGCUCACGCCGGGCCCCUCGGCGCCUUCGCGACCGAUGAGCAUGCUACGGCGCAGCGCGUCGAAGCAGAGCCUCGCCUCGACGCUCAACUCCCUGGAAGCCAGCUCGGCCAGCUCGGCCAGCGUCACGAGCUCGACCUCGACCGACGCCACCAACCUGUCGUGCAACGCGGAGGAGAAUUCGUUGAGUCGCGAGUCGACGCCCGUCGGCCCCAAGUCGCUCGCGAGCACCAAGCCGGCCGACGACAAGUAUCUGCAUUCGCAGAUCGAGGAUCUCUUGACGGCGUUGAGCGAGUUGCAGCGCAAUCAUUCUCUUCUGCUGAACCAGCUCCAGCUGGAGCGGGAGGAACGAGAAGAGGGUGGCAAGGCGGUCCGGUCGCUGCUCAUUGGGCUCAGGAAGAGGACGGCAACCAAGAACGAGACGACGACGACGACGAUGACGACAACGACGACCGAGGAUGCGUCUAAAGCAGCGGGCGAGAGUGUCGCCGCAGUCGACGGGGCAGACGCUCCUCUCGCGACGGCGCCAGGCACCGAGGAGUCGCCGUCGGCCGAGGACAUUUCGGCCCUGCUGGAGCGCGUCGAGUGCUGCUUUCGGGACGAGCGCAACGUGCGACGGUCGUCGACGCUGCAGUCGAAAACGCAGCUCAAGGACGAACUGGUCAGCGUCAAAGGCCAGCUGACGAGUGCGCUCUCGCAAAACCAGGAGCUCAACAGGCAGGUCCACGCGACGGAACAGGAGAUGGCGUCGCUGAAGGAGCAGCUUCGAGAACGGCACAACCAUGUGCGAACGCUUCACCACGAUAAGCAGCGAUUGGAGAAGCAGAUCCACACGAUGCGGACCAGUGGGUCGGCCGGCUCGGCGAGCGAGCGUCCUGGCAGAGGGACGGAUGCGGAUGCGGUUGGCAAGGCCACCGGGAAGGCCACCGGCAAGGCCGUUGGCGGGGGCCUGAGGGAGUUCAAGCUCGGACGUAGCAAGUCAAUACCGCCCCAUCCGUCCGAGCUCAACAAGAGGAUGUCGUCGUUGCCGCCGUCCCGGGACUCGGCGGCGCCGGCGUCGAGCGAGCAAGACGAAGCCUUGCUGUUGGAGCUUGUGCGGGCCAAGACGGCAGAGGCGACGGCGCAGCAAGAAGCGGAGGAGGCGAAGCAGAAACUGGAGGCCCUCCGCAAGGCGUACGGCCUCCCUCAGGGGGAACCCUCCGGGCCGACGGGAGGAGCGGCGGCAGGGGUGGCGGCGGUGGCGGCAGGAUUGACUCCCUCGACGGCCAUCGGUGUUCUCGGUCGGCUUGCCGGGCACGUGUCGACGCCCUCGUCCGACCAGACGGUCAAAUCGUCAGGAGCAGCAUCGUCGGCCAUGACUCCCGCCGGCGGUGGCUUCUGGGGCUGGCGAAGAUGA